AUGAUAAAAUUUCUUCCAGAUGAUUUCGAGCCGCUUUUUGUCUCUCGGGCUGAUCUGGUCAUUGCAUCUAUUGCUUGGGGGUUUACUCUUGGUUCUGGCUUUCUCACCACGUGGACUGCCGUCAAACAGACAACCGUGAUCGCCCAGCGAUAUGGAUUCAACAGGGCUAAUUCGCCCUACAUUUUCAUGGUAUGGGGCGAAAUCCUUGUGAGCUUUAUAUUCAGCAUCAUCUGCUGGCUCUAUCUCAACGGCACUAUCCCUGACAGUUUCACGUUCUUCUUCAUCAUCCUGACGACAUGGGCCCUUCAAGUACAACUCUUGCUCCAGAUUAUCGUCAACCGAGUCUCGCUACUCCUCGUCGACCAGCGCCAGGCACUGAGGCUCAAGAUCUGCGUUGCCGUUCUCACCACAGCAAUCAACAUAUCUGUCUACUGUAUCUGGAUUCCGGCGCGACUUCAAAUCUCCAAGAAUUACAUCUACGUAAACGAAAUAUGGGAUCGGUGUGAGAAGUCCCUCUAUCUCGUAAUUGGUGGCGCGUUGAAUCUCUACUUCAACCACAUCGUCAAGCAAAGACUCGUGCGCCAAGGACUAGUCAAGUACGACCGCCUGGUGCGCUACAACCAGUGGCUUAUAUGCCUCUCACUCAGCAUGGAUUGCCUCAUCAUUGGGACGAUGAGCUUGAACAACAGUUUUGUCUACAUGCAGUUCCAUCCUGUCGCGUACAUGGUCAAGCUCAAGAUCGAGAUGUCGAUGGCGGAAAUGAUCGCAAAGAUCGCAUCCGCGGAUGAAGACGAGUUGGACCAUGCCGUCGUCGGCGACGCCAAACCCAACCCCGUCGCGACGCAGCUUACCAAGAUGUUCGGAAGAUUGAAGGACGUCCAUCGGCGACUGGACGCGUCGAUGAGUGAGCACCCUGCUGCUGCUACGGGCGAUCAAAAUAUCUAUGCCACCCGAGAGGUCUCCAUUACCGUUGAGCGGAGGAAGAGCUGUGAUGGGAGCAUAUCAAUGUGGAAGGACGAUGGCUUUGACAGGAGGGCGUCGCAUGGGAGUGAUGAGGAUAUGAAGCCGUUGAAAGAUAGAAAUGCGUGGCGGAGUGAGUGGGAGCUGGCGAGCGAGGUUAGUUCGGGGUUGGGGAAGGGUCUGGGGAUGACCACCACCAUCUGGGGAUCGUCUCAGGAAGGGAAGGAGACGAGUCAUCGUUGA